AUGUCUUCAGUUACCAUUUUCUACGCUACAGAAGGUGGCUCAUACGAGGCUGUGGAAAAUGACACGCAGGUGAGAGAGUUCAUCUUCUUGGGUUUCUCCAGCCUCCCAAACCGCCCAAUCUUCCUCUUUGUUGCGUUCCUGGCUGUCUACCUGGCUAUUGUGAUGGGUAACCUCAUGAUAGUAAUCCUGGUCCUGGUGGAUUCCUGCCUUCACAGCCCCAUGUACUUCUUCCUCUGUCACCUCUCCUGCUUGGACAUUUGCAUCUCCACCGUUGUCUUCCCCAAGAUCCUUGUCAACUUCGUGCUCCGACAAAACACCAUUUCCUACAAGCAAUGCAUGGCACAAACUUUCUUCCUGAUUGGCUUUGCGGGCUGUGAGCCCGCACUGAUGGCCGUCAUGGCCUAUGACCGCUACGCCGCGAUCUGCAGGCCCCUGCACUACUCUCUCCUCAUGAGCAAGAGGGUGUGCAUCCAGCUGGCAUCUGCCACUUAUGUCUUGGGCUUCCUGGACUCAGCAGUCCACGCUGCCUUGGCCUCACAGUUGUCCUUCUGUGGAGUCAACCAGAUUCCACACAUCUUCUGCGAUGUCCCUCCACUGUUAAAAAUCGCCUGCAGCGAUACACAUGUCAAUGAACUGACCAAUCAUAUCACAAGCCUCUUUGUGGGCCUGGGCCCUUUCCUCUUCAUCAUCCUCUCCUAUGUCUGCAUCUUGGCCUCCGUUCUGCGGAUUCGCUCUAAAGGCGGCCGGCGCAAAGCCUUCUCCACUUGUGCUUCUCACGUAAUCGUUGUCGUUGUCUGUCUUGGAAACGGAUUCCUGAACUACAACCGGCCAAGCGCUGGCUACUCCCUAGAAAUAGACACACUGGUCUCCGCCAUGUUCUGCAUAGUCGCCCCAAUGCUGAAUCCCCUCAUCUACAGCCUCCGGAACAAGGAGGUGAAGGGGGCCCUCAGGAAGGUUCUGAAGAAGUGGACAAAUUAA